AUGCCGCAGUGCACCCGGCCCCUGGACACCAAGCAGGCAUGGCCUUUCCCCUGGGCCUCCAUCCUGGCCACUGUCCUCAGCACUCUAGAGAUUCCCGCUGGUCACUCGCAGGCCGCUCUGGCCGGCGCUGUACCCCUUUGGCCUGUGCGGACAUCGCGGUACCCACCUUUCACUGUUGUGAAUCGAGCCGCGACGGAGCGCCUGUCAGCUGAGCAGAUCAAGGAAUACAAGGGGGUCUUUGAGAUGUUUGAUGAGGAGGGCAACGGGGAGGUGAAGACCGGAGAGCUGGAGAGGCUCAUGAGCCUGUUGGGCAUCAACCCCACCAAGAGCGAACUGGCCUCCAUGGCCAAGGACGUGGACAGAGACAACAAAGGCUUCUUCAACUGUGAUGGUUUCUUGGCGCUGAUGGGGAUUUACCAUGAGAAGGCCCAGAACCAGGAGGGAGAGCUGAGGGCAGCGUUCCGGGUCUUCGAUAAGGAGAGCAAGGGCUACAUCGACUGGAACACGCUCAAGUACGUGCUCAUGAAUGCAGGUGAGCCCCUCAAUGAGGUGGAGGCCGAGCAGAUGAUGAAGGAGGCGGACAAGGACGGAGACGGAACCAUCGACUAUGAGGAGUUCGUGGCCAUGAUGACCGGAGAGUCCUUCAAGCUGGUUCAGUAAGAGCAGCUGCUGUGGCUAUAGGAGGCCUGCCACUGCCUGCCCUGCCCCUAACUGUGUCAAA